GCCGACCUCGCCUAGUGAACUCCUCCCUCACCUUCACUCAAUAUGGGUCUCGGGGGUGCCUUUAGGUGAUGACGGGCAUGUGGCGCGGGUCAGGCAACAGCCUAUCCGACAUCGAAAUGCUCAAGUGUUGCGACUACGUGCUGCCUUCGCCGCCGCCGCUCCCGCCGGGCAUGCCGCCGCCGCCAGUGGAGCCGGCGUCCAUUGCAGUGGUGGACUGCCACUCAACCGGCGUUCCGUCGUGGCUUACCGAGAUGAACAAGCCCUUCCCGCCUGACCCGCGUGGCUGCUGGGAAGUGUUUCCCAAUGACCGAUGCUUUAACAUCGAGGAGCUGCAGGCAGAAGGCUGGACCUGCAAGGACAACGGCUGUGCGAUGUCGGCCGACACAAUCCGAAUGCGCCAAGAAGGGAGGGAUCUGCGGCAACUACACGUGCAACGAGACGCCACAUUUCGACAAGUGCUUUGACCGAGAAACCGCUCGGUGCGUGGAGUGCGACACGGUAUGGGGAGUGCGACACGUUUGUGGUAGCUGCGCGUGCGGGUAGUCCGCACGCUCGGCCUCGCUCGCAGCCGCCGCCGCAGCCUUCUCCGCCUUGUUCUUCUUCUGCCGGG